AUGAAAAACGAGAUUCGAAUGCUCGGUGUCUAUAUAAACCAGAGAAUUAGGCUUUCUUCGUUUAGAUCACUACAUACCCCCAAAACGAAUAUGAAACUUCUUCUGGUUCUGGCACUGACAGUCUUGAUAGCCCACGUGGUUGUGGCCCAGACAACUGAAUCCCCUGACGAUGGAGACUAUUAUUAUGAUGAUUACUACGAUGGGGAUGAGGACUACGAUACCACAGGUGAAUCCGAAGACACUACUACAGAAUCUGGAGUCGACAGUACUGGCAGCGUUACUGACGUCGACAGUGCAACCGACUCUGGGGUGGACGACUAUUCCUAUGAGGACUAUGAGGACUCUAGUGAUGUUACGGAAGCACCAACUGCCGCUCCAGUAGCCCAGAAUAAUAAGGGGCCUGGAGCCAGGAAAAAUAACAACAACAACAACAAGAACAAGAAUAAGAACCAGAACAAGAACAAGAAGAAUAACCAGAGGAACAACAAGAAUAAGGGAACAGCUAAACGUGGCAAUGCCGCCGCUGCCAAGAAAAAUACUAACAAGAAGGCGGCUAAGAAGCAAACACCUGUUGCCGCCGCCAAGAAGCGGGCAAAUGCUGUGGCCAACAAACGCAGGCGCUCUGGAUAAACCAGAUCAUGUAAUCAUAGCUACAAUUUAUAAAGAAUUAAAAUUAUAAAAAAAUAUU